CUUUUACAGACAGUGUGGCAGCCCCGAGCGUCGCGUCUACGCGCGGGAUUACAGUAACUCGGUUGUCAGUGAUGAGUCAGAGUGCGUGGUGCUGAUGCUGCUGCCAUUUCAUCACCUCUGCGAGCGCAGCAUCCAUUCCUUCGCUCUCCCUGAGCCUGGGCCUACCGCGCCUGAGGCUCCCAGGCCAGCGAUGUGCUCGCGGCCGAUCUAGAUCCGGACCAAGCCACGCUCUCCGAGGCCUCGGCUGGGCGCCUCUCUCGCCGCCCACGGCCGGCCCGGGCCAAGGAGACCUGCUGAUACCCGGCCAUGGAGGCCAUCUGGCUAUACCAGUUCCGGCUCAUUGUCAUCGGGGAUUCCACGGUGGGCAAGUCCUGUCUGAUCCGCCGCUUCACCGAAGGCCGCUUUGCCCAGGUUUCGGACCCCACUGUGGGAGUGGAUUUUUUCUCCCGUCUGGUGGAGAUCGAGCCAGGAAAACGCAUCAAGCUCCAGAUCUGGGAUACCGCGGGUCAAGAGAGGUUCAGAUCCAUCACUCGCGCCUACUACAGGAACUCAGUAGGUGGUCUUCUCUUAUUUGACAUUACCAACCGCAGGUCCUUCCAGAAUGUCCAUGAGUGGUUAGAAGAGACCAAAGUGCACGUUCAGCCCUACCAAAUUGUAUUUGUUCUGGUGGGUCACAAGUGUGACCUGGAUACACAGAGGCAAGUGACUCGCCACGAGGCAGAGAAACUGGCUGCUGCGUACGGCAUGAAGUACAUUGAAACGUCAGCCCGAGACGCCAUUAAUGUGGAGAAAGCCUUCACAGACCUGACAAGAGACAUAUAUGAGCUGGUUAAAAGGGGGGAUAUUACAAUCCAGGAGGGAUGGGAAGGGGUGAAGAGUGGAUUUGUACCAAAUGUGGUUCACUCUUCAGAAGAGGUUGUCAAAUCAGAAAGGAGAUGUUUGUGCUAGUCAGCUGUUUUAUUUCCAAAACAUGCUCUCCCACCUGAACUUAAAAGUGAUCAAAAUGAAAAGAAUCCCUGCGUGACUGAAUGGACUCAACCUCCAUUUUACAUACAAGUGAGCCUCCUUCUCAAGGGGUUUCUGACAGGCUGUGGGUUGGUGGAUGUGGGAGCCUGG